AUGACGGUCCCAAAUUUAGGACCAAUCGAAGAAACUGUUUGUAUUCUCGAAAUAAAUCAUCGCCGAACUGCCUUAUAUCAUCCGCAAUCAGAUCUAUCAGAAUGCGUGAAUAAUGCACUCAAAACAAUGAUACGAGCGUAUACUCAAAGUGAGCGACGUGCCUGGGAUAUAAAAGUCCCUCAAUUAGCUUUCGCUCUAAGACCGGCAAUAAAUGAUAGCACUGGAGGAUCUCCGACCUUCUUGAUAUUUGAUCGUGAACCUCGUUUAUCGACAGAUGUACUAUUUUGUUCAAUAAAGCCAUCUAACGAAAUAGCCGAAUCUUAUCGUUGACCCUAUACAAGCAGAAUUCCUACAGAUUGGCAAGAAAAUCGGAUUCUGACAGUGACAGAGCAAGGGUAAAAUCUUUGGUAUGGCAACACUGUCUUGAAAAUUAACUUAGCGAACAAUCCCUUGAAUUUUUGUACAUCCGAAUUGUUAUAAAAAACUUACCCAUGAAAUAAUUUUGAUACCCUAACGCAGGUUAGCACGCGUUAAAAAUGUUUUUUCAGAAAAAUUACAUUUAAACGGGUUUAAUUUUCAGAAACCACACGAGCUGAUGCUUCUUCCGAGUGGCGAUGGAUGCGAACUUGUUAAAUAUGAUUAUGAAGGAUAAAACGGGUUUUCACGCGUUUAAGUAUAACGGGUUCUAAUGCGUUAAGAUCUUAUCGAUGCGUAUGUAUGAGUUUAAUACGAAUAAGCUCCUUUUAAUGGGUUUGAACCAGUGUGAGUAUCGAAUGAGUUCAAAUCAGAGUUGUAACCGGUCCGGUCCGGCCGUACCGGACCGGUUGAGUGAGUUGGACCGGCCGGUUUUUACCGGUUUCACAAAGUUGUGCAUAUUCGUUCAUUUUUCAUCAGAAAGAUACUAUGUAUGGGUGCUUAGUAGUUUUUUUAAAGGAAAGAGAGAGUAACAAUUUUAUUUGAAAUGUAAAUUUUUUCUUUUUAUUCUUUCAAUUUGUUUUCAAAGACAAAGUCAUAUUAUUUAUUGUUUAAAAUAUCUUAACAAUCGGAACAUUGUCACGUAUUGGCGUUUAUAUGCUUUUAUCUUUUUUCUUUAAUGUUAAUCUAAUUUUUUACUUUCGAUAUGCCGAUAUCGGAGCUUCCUAACCCAAAUUCGUUUUAAUUGGCUUUGUUAUUUGACAUAGUGAAUCUCUUCCCAAAUUUAUUUUCAAAUUAUUCGUGACGUUUCGUCAUUCAAUAAAUGACUGCUUGAGACAGACUAUUACAUUUACACACUAACU